UCCAAAACUAUGCACGUUAGAGCUUAAUAUUGAUUAACUACAAAAAGAAAAUGUUACUGCAAAUUUAUGCCCCAUUUCAUCUCCCUUCCCCAAAUUUUCCAUCAAAUCCUAAACAUUCGAAUCUUGUAGUAAUAGAAAUGGAUGAAGAAAUCAUUGAUAUCACCCUACGGCCAAUUGAAAUAUCAGAUGCAGAUGAUUUCAUGUCAUGGGCAACAGAUGAAAAAGUCAGCCGUUUUUGCACUUGGGAUACUUACACUUGCAAAAACCAAGCUUUAGAAUUUCUCAGCACCAACGCUAUUCCCCAUCCAUGGUUUAAAGCAAUUUGUAUUAGUAAUAAAGCAAUUGGUUCCAUUUCUGUUACACCAAAUUCUGGUACCAGAGCUGAGCUUGGAUAUGUGUUGGCUUAUAAGUAUUGGGGCAAAGGGAUUGUUACAAAUGCAGUGAAAAUGGUAACAUCAAUCAUAUUUUCUGAGUGGCCAAAUCUUGAAAGGCUAGAAGCUUUAGUGGACGUAGAUAAUACAGGGUCGCAAAGGGUGCUUGAAAAAGCUAGUUUUUUUAAAGAGGGAGUUCUGAGGAAGUACGUGGUGUUGAAGGGGAGAUCAAGAGACAUGGUAAUAUUCAGCUUUCUCGCAACCGAUUCUCCUCUAUCGUAGCGUCCUUUCGUUUUGCUCUAGAGGCGGAUCCAAGAUUUAAAUUUGAUGGGUACGACAUAUAAGAAUGAGAGGAAAGAUUUCGUGAAGCGCGUUUUAGCCAGCUGAAGGAAGGUCGCGUUAGCGCCCCUGCAAUCAGAAAGCCUUUUGAUAGAUGCCAAAGUUACUUCAUUAAACAAAGGCAGGUGAAAUAAGAAAGUAGCAAUUAUCACAAACAGAAGCUGGACCGCUGACUCCCGCUAUUUCCAAUAAGGCCGACAAAUUUGUUAAUGCAAAGAAAAACUAGCUAAUAC